UGUUCUAGCCUCUGAAUGGCCUUACAUGUGCAUACUUGUUCCUUCUUCUGCCAGACUGUGCUCCUAGACACACAAGCGUUUCGAGGACUCGCUCCCUCGGUGUCUCUCUCUGCGGAGUCAGGGAAGAGCGAAAAGGGACUGCCACCGACUCCCAAGAAGCAAAGUCCACCAAAAACAUGUCCUCGUGGAAGGCAAAUAGAAGAUGUAGUGGAACCAAAGGAGAGGGGCACACUCCUAGCCACCCCGACAGCAGCGGAAUGGUCUAGAAACGCGUCCUCACCCAGUUCUCACCCGCCAGUCGUGGCCCCGGGCGGGGCGGUAGCGGGCCCGGGCCCCGGCCCCCACGGCGGCCCGCUAAUCACAGACGAAGGGCCUCUCGGGUUUUUGUCACGGAAGACCGUCGUAGAGUUUCCUCAGAAAGUUCUGUCUCCGCUGAGAAAACCGGGCUCGGAUUCAAACGCUCUUCAGGAGAGCAGCGGAGAUGAUUCCUCAUCCUCUUCGUCGUCAUCCAGCUCCUCCGAUUCGGAGUCUGAGGAGGAGGGGCAGAGCGCCAGAGCUGACCCUCGGGUGGCGAGCAGGGGCCACCGGGGGCUCCCAGGUCCACAGGCCUCCCGCCCCCUUGAAGAGAGAGUCCCCGGAAUCGGAGCAUCCGCCAAAGAGAAGGCCCGCUCACAGCCCGACCUCACCCCUCCCGAGAGGCCCCGUCAGGCAAAGAAGAAAGGGGACAUGGGUCUAGACGCCCACCGUGUGCCCGGCCUGCAUCUGGGCCAUGGGGUCAAAGACAGUAAAGUUGGACGACCUCUCCCAAGUUUCCAGCCCCGGGAAGGAGACGUGCCCAGUCUGGCAGCAGAGGGGCUGUUUGGGGCUGGGCGUGGCUGGACAUCCAAGAUCAAGGUGCUGCUGGCGCAGCAGGGAGGGGCCUUCUUCCCGGCUUGCCGAUGGCCGCCUCUGCCUGUGUCCUCACACCGCAGAGGGUGCGAGCAGCUCUCCGGAGUGUCUUGA